AUGAACUCUAUGCGUUUUGCUCGCGCCGCUCUGCGGGUUCGUCCUACGGCUUUGAAAACUCCUGUUUUGCGCAGAGGGUAUGCUGAGGCUGUUGCGGAGAAGAUUAAGUUGAGCUUGGCUUUGCCUCAUCAGUCUGUUUACAGAUCCCAAGAUGUCGUCCAAGUCAACAUCCCCGCCGAAUCCGGUGAAAUGGGUAUCCUCGCCAACCACGUCCCAUCGAUCGAACAAUUGAAGCCAGGUCUCGUUGAGGUUAUUGAGGAGAGUGGUGGAAGCAAGCAAUUCUUCCUUUCCGGAGGAUUCGCAGUCGUUCAACCAAACUCUUCAUUAAGCAUCAACGCAGUCGAGGGAUUCCCAUUGGAGGAUUUCAGCGCAGAUGCAGUUAGGUCACAAAUUGCUGAGGCUCAGAAGAUGUUGGAGGAAGUGGAAGUUUUGGAGACCUUGCACAGCACACCUCAAGUAGAGAAAUUACUCUACCUUGGUGAUGGUUAG